AUGUUGGUGCUUGGCCUACCAAUAAUGUUCCUGGAGAUGGCCCUCGGUCAGUUCGCCUCAGAAGGGCCGAUCACGGUGUGGAAGGUCAGCCCGGCUUUCCACGGUAUCGGGGUUGCUAUGGUGAUCAUCCUUACCAUAAUUACCAUCUACUACAACGUCCUCGUCAUGUACUCCAUCUACUACAUGUUUGUCAGCUUCGUCAACCUUGACGACGCUGUACCCUGGGGGUCGUGUGGCAAUCCCUGGAACACCAAUUCCUGUAGGUCGGAGCCAUUCCCUCCGCUAACGCUGAUGGAUGAGGCAAACAGAACAACGACUUUGUUCAAAGAGCUCUACAACCAACCUUGUGUAGAGAGCCUUCUGUGCAACAUCUCUGAAGUCUACAACUCAACCUUCAACACCACCGACGACCUCAACUCCACCAUGAUCCAGGAUGACAUCACCAAGAGAUGUCUGAACAAAUACACUACAGCCAGUGAAGAGUACUGGGAGUAA